CAGCAUUUUCACUUCUCUGCCUCCUUCUCCACAGACUGGGAGCCUUAAUCUAUCCGGGGGUGACCGUCCUCUCAGCUCCUGAUAUCUGGGCUCCACACCCAUUUCUUGCUCAAGACAUGAAGCUGUUAUUGAAGGAGAGCGGGAUGGGAGGAGCUUGGUCAAUAGGAAGCAGCUCUUGGCGGAGAGGAUCAGAGUGCUGAGAAAGACAUUGCCAUCUACAAAACCAGUGUCUAUGGCAUAAUCAAACAACAAAGAAACGACUUGGGUCCACGGUUCCAUGAUACUAAGAACAGGUCAUCUGCUCUGACACAGGGUCCCCUUCACAGGAGGCAACCAUUCCAGCUGUGUGUCACUGCUGCUUCUUGGGACACAUUUCCAACUCUAUGACUGCACAUUAAAAACUGAAGAUGCCAAAAAAGAAAGGUGCGCAGGGGAAAAAAAUUACCCUGAAGAUGGCGAAAAAAUCCAUGAAGAUCACCGUGGAUGGGAAACGGCGCUUGGACCUCAGCAACAUGGGCAUUGCCACCUUCCCCAAGUGUAUCCUGAAACUGACCGACAUUGAAGAAAUCGACCUCAGCAGAAACAUGAUCAAAAAAAUUCCAGACUACAUCAAUAAAUUUCCAAAGCUGCGGUACCUUGAUUUUCACACAAAUAAGAUAGAGAGAAUACCGGAAAAUAUCGGCCAGUUGGAAUCACUUUACUACCUAGACCUGUCCAAUAACAAGCUCACCACUGAUGGCUUGCCUUUAGAGCUCACUCAGUUAAAAAAUCUGCGAGUCCUGAACCUUGGGCUGAACUCAGUGGAAAUGAUUCCAACGACCAUCGGCACGCUGAAGGAACUAAAGGAGUUAGGGUUGUUUGACAAUCACAUCACCUACAUGCCAGAGAAAAUCACCAAGCUGCCAAAACUGAAGAAGCUGAAUGUGAUGCGCAAUCCCUUCACCACACCGCAGGUACCUGAAGAGCCGAUAGACACUAUUGAUCGCAUUGAGGAUAUUUACCUGGCCAGGAAAAGCAUGCUAUGUCACCCCUGCCUUAAGAAGUUACAGCGAGAGAGGGACAAAUGGCGUAAGCUGAAGCAGCUUACUGAGCUGGAUGAGGAGCCUGAUUUCAGUGGUCUCACUACACCCAACUCUGUCGCUAAACAAAAUGAGGUCCUGUGGAGAGUUACUGAAUAAGUCUGUGAGGUGAAUAAAUCUCUGCGACUAGGCUAAAAAUGACCCAGCAGCGAAUAAAACCAAUUAUCUCAGAACCCGAGAUUUCAAUCCACUCAGUACUUCUUUUGAGCUUUGCGCUGUGCCCUAAGCAAAAAGGUGUGUCCUCGUUAAGUGACCCCGGCAGCCUUGAAAGACCUUGAUGCGCUGGAAAUUCUCCCAGCCAACAUGGCUUCUUGGUCUUUGUGUGACCUGGUCCUCAAACACCAUUGUGCUUGGCUCACAGGGUUUGACACUGACAACAAUCUCACUGCUGGAGGCAACCAUGGCAAGAUGAAAUAUGUUUAAAGUGUUUCUGAGAGUAUCUUCAAGUGGAAGUUAGGGGCCCAGUGUUUGCAUCCUGUAGCGAUAUGUUUUCGCUGUUGUUGCUCUGAGGCAUCUUGGUAUCAAAUCAAUGAGGUUUCUGAACGGAUGCUCACUACAGGGUCUCAGAAUUCCCAUGAAAACCAUGUACAUGCAGUCACUGAAGACAGUGAGAAUCUCUGCGCACUGCGGGCAACCUGUGUAGUGACGAGUGUCUUGCUUGCUGUGGGCUCAGUUUGGCACUCACCCAAUCAGAGCACAGGUUCCAUGCUCAGCAAAAUCUGUCAAUUCAAUAGCUUGCUCUGCAUCCAUCCAUUCCAGCUUACAUUCCUCACAGUCAACCCCACAGAGUGGCCUUCUCUGAUGACACUGAGCAACAUGUGAGGAUGCUUUUGUCUAUCUCGUCAUGCACAAUGCAUCCUCAGCAAUGGACACACACCCUUAAUAGAUAAGACACUAACCACAGGCAUCUAUCUUGGGACUGAUGAGCUUGUGUAAUAGUAAUGGGAUUUAUGACAGCAGUAAUUAAUUAACUUAGUAUUUCUCUGUCUUUACAUAGAUCUAUUAUAGUAAGCUGUCUGAUUAUGAGUUUUAGUUCUAUGUAUAAAUGGUUGCAUAAUUCUGAUUAUAAGUAUUAAUGUUCAGUGAAAGACAUUUGCUCCAAAUUAGGAGUUUGCUUAGAUGCUGUCAGUAAAGGUCACUAACAACUCUAAUUUUAUCAUUAUGGAAUUGUAAAGUAACACAUACAAAAUGCUGGAGGAACUCAGUAGGUUAGGCAGCCUCUAUGGAAAGGAAUACACUCUAAGUUUCAGGCCGAGUCCCUUCAUCAGAAUACUCGUCCCAAAAUGUUGACUCUUUAUUCCUCUCCAUAGUUGCCGCCUGAUCUGCUGAGUUCCUUUAGUAUUUUGUGUGUGUUGCUCUGGAUUUCCAGCAUCUGCAGAAUCUCUUGUGUAUUUACCGUAAGAUUGCAAAGGUGUCUUCCAAGACUCUGAGAUUUUUUAUUUAAUAAUGCUAUUUAUUGAGAAUAUUUCUGAAAAGUGCCUUAACACAUCACAAGCAAACAUUCAUCAAUGUUCAUGUUGCUACAGGUUGUUAGGAGGAAAACUUUUUUACAUUCCCUGCCGUUCAUAUUCCAAGUGUUUCAUUUCAGUGACUAAUCGUUUGAAGUCAACAGAUUGAUUGCAACAAAUGGAAUUAUCUGAAGAGAUGACUGCAGUUUAUAAAAAAUAAUGUUUAAAUUAUUAAACUGCAUUAAGCAAUAGCUGUACAAAAAAAUCAUAAACAAUGUAAAGGUUGAGCUCAUAGAGAAUGGACCACAAGCUUGUCACUUUAAUUUUUGAGUUUAAAUGAGGAAGCGCCCUGUGAGGUAUGCCAAGGAGUUCCAAAGCUAGUUAGUUAAAUCGUCGAAGAUUGUGAAUAUUAUUCUUUGAAACAUUCACUACUUUGGAAAUAUGAAGAAAUAAACUGCAUAAAUGUGAAGCUGUGAAUAUUUGCUUUAGU